UGGGCUCAGGCCCUCCCAGAGAACAAAAAAGGCCGGCAUGUAACUACGAAGAGGCGGCGCUCGUGCACGGCACCGUGUGUGGACCUCCGCUGAGAGAUGAGGCGGGGGGCGAGGCGGCGCAGAAGCGGGGAGAGCGCGAGCAGGGGCGGGGCGGUGGCAGAGGGCAGAGGUCGCGUGCAGGUGCAGUGGCGCGGGGCGCAGCGGAGCGCUCCGGCACGGCGCUGCACGGGGGCGCCGGGCCCCUGCGCGGCAGCGGGCGGGAGCUCGGGCGCAGGGCUCUGGGCGCCGAGCUCCGAGCGCAGAGCCGGGCCGCCAGGGCUCCUCGUGUGCAGCAUGACGAGCGGCCGACGACCGGGAACAGGGCAGGGAAUGUGCGACGGCCUCUCGACCCCCGCCACUCUGGGCGCAGGGGGGACGAGGACUGGACGACCGCAGCUGCCGCUUCGAUUACAAACGGGUGCAGAUGGGCUUCCAG